GAAACCCAGUGCGGCGUCAGUCGGUUGCGAAGCUUCGUCGUGAGCAGAUUGGAAAAACGAGCGGGAAAAUCCAUACCGCCCAUCGCUGUCCUAAGAAAACCAUGUGCGCGCGCGUUCGUUGAAUGGUGAAGUGUUUGAAUGGAUCUAGCAACGAAUUUAUUUGGAUUUUGAUUCCUGGCGCAAAGUUUGUUGGUGAAAUUGAUACUGGGCUGAAAUUCCUACGCUACGGCAUUGCAACCCGGAAUAGUUUGUACCGAAAGCAGAAAAUAAAAGUUGUGCACUGCGGCUCAAUUAGGCAGUGAAAAACUUCGUCGGUCGUGUAAUUAAGUUGCAUUCGGUUGAGAGUUAAAAUAGUGCAGCAGACCCCCAGAUAAGCAAUCGUAGAGCAUUUCCGCAGUCCUGACUACCCAGCGCACGCUGCACGAAAAGUUCCUCGCGAUGCGAAUCGGUAGUUCACCCAACUAAUUGCGCGAAAGAGAUCGCCGGGGACGUUACAUUUUGGUUGGAUUGAUGGUGAAGUUUAUCAAAAUCAGUGCAUCGAACGAGAGCCCGGUUUUUAGCAGUCUCAAGGACGUCCAGCUAGAGCCUACAGAAGCUUCACCGGCAUCAGAGAACGGGACCGCUGUUUACACAACGCAAGCCACCGUUGCUGUACAAUUGCUUUCAAACUUGACGCACAAAAGAUAAAGUUUUGCAAAACCUGUCAGAAGCUGUAGCUAGACCAAAUUUAUCACGUCUAUCCACGAGUUUUAUUCUUUUAAACAAUCGCAUCAGUAUUUUGGUCGAGUUCACAUUUAGUUAACCGCAAACGAAGUAAUCCACGAAGUGAAAAGGUAAAGCAAGUAUCGAGUGAAGCUGUAGUUACAACUUUGAGAAACCGAAACAGCCACGACGACCGGAUUAAACUGAUUUGGUGUGGUUUGAAUAGAAAAAAAGGAGCAGCAGUACACAGUGCAGUGGAUACGAAUAACAAGACAAAUCACGCUAAUAAAACAGUAUCGUGGUACCUAGUUAGCCAAGCAAGGGUAGACCUGCGACAACACGAGCACACAGUCGCCCCGGGUUCAGAGGAAAGUACAAGCUCAGAAAAACCUCGGAAAAUUAUACCGAGAACGGCGGCAGCUAAGAGACUGCGGCCACCCGUCAUCGUUGCAACCACAAAUAAACGGGAGUAGAGCAACAAAAAAAAACUCAUCGCAACCAUGCGGAUUAGCAGGCACGUUGAUUUCAGUAGGACCGUCUUUCACGUGGCAUUUGUCGCCAUGGCAGUGUCCGUUGCACAGGUCACCACAGAGGACUGCGGCCAGGAGGAACUCGUCCAGUGCACCAAACCGCUACAAGUGCUCUCCGCUACCUCAGAGCUUUCGUUCGUCACAAAAAAAGAGGAACUGGAUAAACUUUGCCCUGACCUUCACGCGGGCCUUCAUUGCAUACGAAGCUACACGCGACGCUGCAUGAACAUCCACCAGAGGGAGCACUUCAACAAGCUGUAUCACGGCACCCACGAGGUCAUACAUGAGCUGUGCCAGGAAGGACCCUAUCAGGAAGACUUUCUUAGACAUGCACCCUGCAUGCGACACGUCAAAAAGGACUACGAAGUGUGUGCGGUCAGCUAUCAGAGCACAAUGGCCAAGAUUGGACAGACGGUGGCACAUACCACGGUGAGGCCCCCGGUGCAACCGACGACACCCAGUGCGGCCAUGUCCCUGUCGGCGCCGAACGACGAUGUGCAGCACCAGCAGCGCCAGCAUCAUAAUCACCGGCAGCAUCAGCAUAGCAACGGCAACAACAACACCAAAACUGCUGAGGAUGCGGAAGAGGAACGACUCAAAACUGUUUGCUGUGCGUUCCACAAGUACAUGCAAUGUUCCGAGUUCACGGUCCGUCACGCGUGUGGAGACGAAACGGCGCUUUUCACUCGAAAGUUCCUCGACAAAAUGUCGAACAAACUAAUGACGAUGCACUGCGUUGAUUACACGCCGGAAAGCGGAAAAUGCCGGGAUUAUUUCAGCUCGCACUCGACACGUGCCCGGCAGCACGGCAUGCUCACGUGGUUGGCCACCCUAGCGCUACUGCUCGGCACCAUAACCAGCCGGUUGGUCAACUCGAGCGCACUAAUUUAAUCGGCGGCCCGCGCGAGGACUGUCGAAUUCUCUUUACACAACAACACAACUGGGGACAUGGUGCACCGCAGCUCGCGAGGGCUAUCAACGGCGGAGGAGGACUAAAAGCUCUAUAUAGAGGAGCAUAUAUAGCUAUUCUAGCGAAAUCUAGUGCUGCACAGAACUUAUUUUGUGAUCGACGAUGGCGCGUGUGCGGAUCUAAGCGUGACUGGGAGCUCGUGAGUGGGUCAGUGAGAAAUAGUGGUCAUGAUGGAGAACAUGAAUAAAUUAAAACUUAACAGAGAA